AUGUGCAUGGCUUACUAUGAGAGCCGCUACACUACCAAUGCCAUGUAUGACAAUGGCUGGAGCCGUGACUAUGGAGUCUUCCAGAUCAACAGUUACUGGUGGUGCAAUGACGGCAAUACGUCUGGAGCCGUAGCCGCCUGUAGCAUCAGCUGCAGUAAUUUGAUGAAUGAUGACAUUACUGAUGACAUCACCUGUGCCAAGAGAGUUGUUCGUGACCCCAAUGGCAUGGGAGCUUGGGUGGCCUGGAACAACAACUGUAAGAACAAGGAUGUAAGUAGCUUCGUGAGCGGAUGUGCUUUGUGA